GCGAUUUCGCUCGCUGUUCAAAAUAAUUUGAAGUAAACCAGCUCCAACUGCCGACAACAAUGGCCGCCGCUAGCGUGCAAGAAGUUCUUCCUCCAAUCCUGGAUUCAACUUCUGAUCCACCUCCACUCUUCGAUGGAACCACUAGGUUGUAUGUGAAUUACGAGUGCCCUUUCUGCCAGCGCGUGUGGAUCGUCAGAAAUUACAAGGGUUUACAAGACAAGAUCAAACUAAUCGCCAUUCACCUUCAAGACAAACCCCUUUGGUUCAAGCAAAAAUUAUACCCUGAAAAUAAGGUUCCAGCAUUGGAGCACAACGGCAAAGUCAUCGGAGAAAGUCUGGAUUUGAUCAAAUACUUGGAUUCUACCUUCGACGGACCGUCUCUCUUACCCGAUGAUCCUACGAAACGGGAUUUCGCUGAAGAGAUGAUAACUUAUUUGGACACGUUCCUUAAAAAUGUCUUCACGUCUCUCAAACGAGACCCCAUCGAAGAAGCUAGUGGUGAAUUUGAUUACUUGGAAACAUCUCUUAAAAAAUUCGACGAUGGCCCGUUUUUCAUCGGUGAACUCAGUCAGGUGGAUGCUGCAUAUGUUCCGUUUAUCGAAAGGUUUCAGAUUUUCUUGCAAGAAGUGUUCGAGUACGAUAUAACAGCUGGCAGGCCCAAGUUAGCUGCGUAUUUAGAGGAGAUAAACAAGAUCGAUGCUUAUAAGCAAACGAAAUGCGAUCCUAAAUGGCUUGUUCAGUUGUACAAAACCCGUUAUAUGGGCUCAGGUUAAAAGUAUAGGGUGGUGAUAUUCAUACGUUGCUGGUAUUUCUGUAAUAAGUUGGUGUUUCUAUGUUUAUUUCAAAACUGAACUGAGUUAUUGUAAUAUAUUGUUCACUUGUAUUUGAUAUUCUGUAUUUGUAUGU